AUGGCCCAAAGAAGUGUCAUACAUCAUUCAGCAGCAUUGAAACAGCUUCGAGAGAGACUCUCCAAUGAAGGAGAGCAGAUCAAGUUCUCUGAUUCCACUGUCCUUGUCAUCCUGUGCCUAGCAAUGCAUGCUCAUUUCACUGACGAUUAUGAUACUGCGAAACUUCAUAUGCAGGGGUUGCGCAAGAUCGUCGAUCUGAGAGGCGGUUUACGUGGGUUCAGCUAUAACACAAAGCUUAUCAUGGAAAUAUUGAAAUGCGACCUAGGGAUCGCACUCUUUAACCGCACAGAGCCAUUCUUCUUCAAGGAUUCAUCUUCUGAACCUAUGAUCCCAUAUGAACUGGCUUCUGGUACCGUCGAAUCGCCAGAUAUACCUGACUCUGAAUCCUGGAUCCCGGAGUGGAAUAUCAAUGCAGAUGUACAACGCGCCUGGACGGUGAUGAGAGAAUUCUGCUCAACGAUAAACUCUGCAACAAAACGAAACCGCCGCCUCCCAAAAGAAAUCUUACUAAAUACCAUGGCUUCAGUCAUGUACCGUCUGCUUGGUAUGAAAGACUUUGAUCCGAAUUCUCCAGAAGAAGCUAUACGUCUUGGUCUGCUCGCCUUUUCAUCAGAUACAUUUCUUCAUUUUCAGAACAUGAAGCCUCCACAGACAAGCUUCCCUCAGAAGUAUCGGGACUGUCUUCAAAACAUCGAGUUCUCAGCAAACGUGGCGUCGGUAAUUUUAUGGCUGCUUACCAUUGGGGCAAUCUCAGUGUUCACUCCGUCUGAUAACUAUUGGCUGAUGCCUUUUUUGCGAGAUCAGAUGAGGUGCUGCCAAAUUACUGAAUGGGAGGACAUGCGUGGCUAUCUGGAACGCUUCUUGUGGAUUGACAUGCUGCACGACAAGCCUGGCCAAAAGGUAUUCAGCACCGCAUGGGCCUAUGAAAACAUAAUUUAA